CAUCUAACAGACUCCCAUCCAGAGCAACCCACAGAAGCAACCAGGGUCAACGCCCUGCCCAGGAGCAUGUCGACAGGUCUCUCACCAGGUCAAAACGGGGACCCAAACCAGUGACCUAUUGGCCACUGGCCCAAGCUCCCAACCGCCAGGCCACCAACCCUCCAAGAUCGCCUCACACUCCUGCCGAAAAAUCAUAAUCUUGAAUCGUUUUAUAUAUCAACUCAUACACCCUGUGCCAUGGCAUCGGUACACCAAAAAUCUGUUCCCAGCUAAUCUGUAUAGCACAGCAGUCAACAUCCUGGUCCUCAAAUGAAACUGGUAUACUUUCCUAUUUAUGGUAUUUUUAUUCCUCCAACAGUUUUGAUCAUUUAUAUUGGGCAGACAGACCAGUUCGCCACAUCGUCACGCGGCCACCUGUCUUUUAUCAACCAGCACAUUUGAGUUCUACCAUAAUAUUUGUUGUAAUAUUUGUUAUAUAUUUUCAGGGGGAUGACAUUGGAAUUAUAACUAGCUCUGCACCACACUUCUUAGAUAAAGUCCAAAUAAUGUUAUGGGACACUUAAUAGUGACUUGUUUUACUGUAUAAAAUGCAAAAUAAAUAGAAUAGGGAAGAAAACAAGCACUGACCAACCCCCACGCCUCGAUCCAAAGGUUUGCUAUGACAUCAAACCACAAUGCACCGCACUGUUUGCAGUUUAUCCGCCUUUUCCAUGGUAAUAUGAAUGGUACGUCCCCUUAUUCAAAUAAAAUACUGGAAAAACGUCAUUUCUGUCCAAUCUCCGCGCUCUGAAGUGACACAAUGGAACCUACGAGGAUAGAAAAGAUGGAGGCAGCGCGCGAGCGCACGCAUAGAAACUUCUACCUCUCUAGCUGGAGGCUGGUCAUCUAUUGUUUCUUAUUCAUUGUUUCUUAUUAAGGAAAAACAAAAAAAGGACAUCACUAAUGAAGGAAAAUAAGUUCAAUACACUGAACGUGGACAAGGGUAGGAAAACUUUAAACGCGUAUUUGAUUUGAUUGUGCGCAAAUUACGCAUCGUUUUCUCUUCAACAACUGAGCUGUUAUGGGAACCCCUCUUUCUGUUGUGAGGGUUUGCUGAAUUUUUACAGCUGCUGUCGUCUAAGAUUUAAAAAAAUAAUAAUAAUAAUAUGAUGAAGAAGGACAUGAUUUUAAACCUGGCAACUUCCACAAAUUUAAAGCCCAAUCUCCGCGACACCGAGAGCAUCCUCUCCCCGGACCUUGGCCUGCUGAAACUGGCCUCCCCGGAGCUAGAGAGACUCAUCAUUCAGUCCAACGGAAUGGUCACAACAACACAGACCUCUCAGUUCCUCUACCCCAAGUCGGUAACCGACGAACAGGAGUUUGCAGAGGGAUUCGUCAAGGCUCUCGAGGAUUUACACAAACAGAACCAGCUGAACGGCGGAACGUGCGCUCAAACGAACAGUAUGGACUUAAGCACCAACGUUGCUCCUGUCACCAUACACCUGGACCUACCCGUCUAUACGAACUUGAACAGUUACGGCAAUGGGCCUUUGGGCACCACUGUCAAUUACUCCACAGACACUGUCCCCUUCCCACCACCUCCCUCUCAUCAUUUAGGCUCCACACAACAGCAAGCGCAUUCCCGGCUGCAAUCCUUGAAGGAUGAGCCGCAGACAGUCCCUGACGUGCACAGCUUCGGCGACAGUCCGCCACUGUCGCCUAUCAACAUGGACACGCAGGAGCGCAUUAAAGCCGAGAGGAAAAAGCUGCGGAAUAGAAUUGCUGCGUCCAAGUGUAGAAAGAGGAAACUGGAGAGGAUAUCCAGACUCGAGGACAAAGUUAAGAACCUAAAAACUCAAAACACUGACCUAGCCUCAACGGCAAAUGUACUCCGGGAACAAGUGGCUCAGCUAAAACAAAAGGUUUUGAAUCAUGUGAACAGCGGAUGCCAGUUAUCACCACAUCAAGUUCAAGUGUACUAGUAGCAGGAUGACAUUUGUCAACCAGCAUAAAUAAGCUCAUUAACCUUUUUUUGUUGGCUCUCAAAUAUUUCCACUAUGUGCAUGGAGCCAACGACGUUACAGACUGAAAGGACUUCACUAAUGUACGUUUUUGUAUACUGUUUACACAUUAUUUCUCAUGGGUGUACUUUACAUAGACAGUCCCAAGACUUGACCAAACCAGCAUACCGUCAUUGUAUUACUAUAUCAUAGCCUUAUACUGAAAGUAAAAAGUAUUUGCAUGUUUAUUGACAAACUCGGAAUGUUACCUAACAGGGUUGGGCACAUGCCAUUUCUUAUGCAUUUUAACGUUUUUAAGCAAGAAUUUAUGAACAGAUUACAUGUACAUUUUAUAUUCAAUGCUCCACAGUGUCUUAUUUCAGUGUUUUCUUAUAUUAAUGUGAAGCCGUCAUCUUUUGUUGCACUGAAUAGUUUAUUUCACAUUCCUAUUUUUACUUGGAUUCUGAUAUCAAAUAAACUUUGCUUGAUAAUACAAGUCA